AUGGCGGCGGCGCUGCGGAGCAGCCUGCUGGGCGGCCCCGCCGGCGGUGCUGGGAAUUGCCCUGCACCAUGGGCGCCUGCCUGCGGGGUGCUGGUCGAGAGCGUGCUGGGCUCGAUGAGCGCGGCGGCCGUGGCGGCUGGGGCGCGCCGAGGGCGGGAGCUCCUGGCCCUCGUGCGGCCGGCGGUGGAGGAACCCGAGGUCGAGCAUGGGCAUGGGCAAGCGCUGCGGCGCGAGGCCCAGCCGUACGUGCCCCCGAGCGAAGUGCGGGGCGGCGCGGCCGGCACCAGUGGGCGCAUCGUGCCUUUCGAGGCGCUGGUGGACGGUGGCGACGAGGACGACGACUCCCCUGUGGAAGCGCUGACCGUCGAGGAGAAGGGCGAGGCGGGAACCUCGCCCGCCGCGCGCACCAUCGGCGGGAGCGUCAGCGAUGAGCAGCAGCUCGCAGUUGAGCGGCGUGGGCGCGCGGCGGCUGCCGUCCAUUGCGGCUGGCGGGCCCAUCGGGGCAGGCUGGCGCACCUGGAGGGCGUGCUGGCGGUGGCGGCGGCGGCCGAGGCGGCCGCGCGGAAGGCCGAGGCCAGCCCGCCCGAGACGCUGUCCUCGGUAGGGGAUGAAGCGGGGCCGACGCGGGCAGGAGAGCAGGAGCGCCAUGUGACUGCGCUAGAGGUGGUCGUCGAGGGCGGCCUGGACCACGGCGUCGGCUACGACAUCGUGGACGGGGAGGGCAACGAGGAGGGCGGCGGGAUGUCCGAGGACUCGCUGCACUUCUCCCGCAGGCGGCUCCGUGCGUGCAGGGGUGGGGUCGACGUCUGCGCCAUGUGCCGCCCGCGGAGCUCCCGUGCGAUGGAGUGUGGGGAGUGCCCUGGCGAGGUGGGGAGGUGCAGCGGCCACGAGGAGUGCAGCAUCGGCUGGCACUGUGGUCGCUGCGGUUGCGCGGUCGUGGGUGCACCGACCGCGGACCAACGCGGUGCUUCCGAGCGGGUCGGUGCCCGCUACAGGGUGGCCAAGCCGAAGCUUAGACUGCGCGACGUCUGCUCGAUGUUCAACGGCUCUGUCAAGCCCUCCUGGGAGCAUCAGCCGAUGAGCUUCGACGACGUCCGCAAAGGAAAAGACUCCGUCGGCACCCCUGCCAUCCACCUCCGACACCAUCAGCGGCUCAACAGCAAGCACGUCGAGAUGGUGUGGCCCGGCGAGGAGGUGCUGGUCCUCCACCUGGAUGUGGAGUACUCCAAGGAGGAGCACUCCACGGAGCUCGCCUUGGAGCCUCGGCUUCGCGCCAAGGUGCGCACGGACAGCGACAAGGUUGGGUGGAUCACGGUGGAGAUGCCCGGCGAGGUGCUGCUGGAACCGCGUGAUCUGUACAACACCAAGGCGGUCAGCCGGCUCAGGAAGCACGGCCCGUUUCCGCGCCGGCUGCCGUUCCGCAGGCGGUCAGCCCGCUCAGGAAGCGACGGCGGGCCGGGGAAGGACGAGGCCGGGCCCGCGCUGGAGGAGGGCACGCUGGAGGCGUGGGAGCGCACGGGCGCGAUCUUCCGGGCGCUCCGCACGGAGGACUGCUUCGAUUGCAAGCCGUCCAUGGGCACCGCUCCUAAGUGGAAGGUCUACAAGGGCACGCUGAUCACGAUAG